AUGAAUUCUAAGCUUCUUAUCUUUCUAGGGCUUAUAUACGUACUUGUUUGUGUUAUUGGUGAAACUUAUGCUAUAAGAAAUGAUCGUUUCACCACUAAGGAUUUAGGUGAUAUUGGUGUGUAUGGUGGUGGUCCGGGAAUGGGUGGCGGAAUUCCCGGUAUAGGCGGUCUUCCUCCUCCCGGUGUGAUCGGAGGUGUACCACCGGGUGCACCACCGGGCGGUGUUGUUGGGGGUGGUCAAGGUGGCAUAGGGGGCAUGGUUCUAGGUGGUGGUUUAGGUCAAGGAGCGCCGGGUUUUGGUAUGGGUCAAGGUGGGCCUGGUGGUGGCAUGGGCAUGGGUGGUGUUCCCGGAGGUGUUGUGGGCGGGCAACCGGGCUUUGGCAUGGGCUCAGGUAUUGGUGCUGGUAUUGGUGCAGGUUCUAGGAUGGGUGGUGGUGGUCUUGGUGGACCCAUCGGGGGGUCCACCGGUAUUGGAGCCGGAGUGGGUGCUGGAAUGGGCGGGAACAUGGGUGGUUUGCCUGGUAUACCCGGUGUCGGUUCGAGUUCAGGUUUUGGCAUUGGAGCUGGGGCUGGGGCUGGCUCUGGUGUUGGUCCUAACCCUGGAGGAAACUAG